AGCGGCAUGCAAUGAAUGAGUCAGGGCCUUAGAGUUGAGGGGUGCAAAGGUCCGGAGGGUGGGGCUUCGCAGAAUUCCUGAGGCGGGGCAGGUCGCGCGGCCCCACCCCCUGCCCCAGGCAUGGCCUAAGCCUUCCGACCUUCCAGACCGUGAUCAUCGCCAUGGAUUUCGACCUGUCCGCAGCCGUGGGCCCUGGUUCUAAGAAGCCAGAGGGGACGGGUCAAGUGGGAAACCCCAAGCACUGUCCCCCUAAAGCUCCGGGCCGACCUGAGGCAGGCGCUGCUCACAAGCCAAGGCAUGGCUCCGGCAGCUCCUCUGACUCCAGCAGCAGCAGCAGCAGCUCCAGCGACUCAGAGGGGGAGGGAAAGAAGCACGCCACCGGCUGCAAGAAGCAUGAACGCUCCUCGGACAAGGCCAAGAAACCCAAGGUGAAGAAGGAGAAGAAAAAGGAGAAGGCCCCCCACUAAGCUAUUAAAGCUUGCAGCCCGCCCCGCUCCCCAGCGCCCCCUGCCGGUCAGGAGCGGAGGCCGCGCUGAGCCCAUCA